AUGAUCCACGUGAUGGUUCACUUGCCAGGAGAGGCAUUGCUUGCUAGUCCUGUCAACUAUCGUUGGAUGUAUCCAAUAGAAAGGCUUCUCGAAGAGCUGAAAAAAACUGUACGCAACAGGGCAAAGCCUGAAGGAUUAAUUAUAGAGGCUUGGGUUCAAUAUGAGUUGCUUAAUUUCUGUGAAAUGUAUUUAAAAUAUGCGGAGACAACUUUCAAUCGUCCUCAGCGCAAUAAUGACGGAGGUGUGAGAAAUGAGAAACUUUCUGUUUUUGCCCAAGGAGCACGACCCUUUGGAGAUCCUGCACGAGGAGAGUCGUUUUCCAUAAAUGACAUGGAGGUAGCGCAUUGGUUCGUACUGAACAAUUGUGAUGAGAUAAUGGCAUACUUAGAUGAGCAUAAAGAGAUGAUGAAGCGAGAGCAUCCAUCACAUUUGUAUGCCAAGAAACACCAUGAAUUGUUUCCACAAUGGUUUUUGGAAUAUACCCCUUGGUUCCUCUCUCUCCUUCGAUGCCUCCCCUUCCCGAUACUCUCUCCCUCCAUAACCACCACAUCCAUCCACCUCAACCCACGAAACCGACACAGGACCCGACCGCCACCACCUCUCAGUUCCUCUCUCUCAUUCGACCCCUCCCCCUCUCGAUACUUCCUCCCUCCACAACCACCACAUCCAACCACCUCAACCCAUGAAAUUGGCGCAAGAAGGACCGAGCCACCGCCACCUUCGAACUCCAGCCCUUUUCCCACCGUCACCGUCACGCCUGCAGCCGGAAACCACUCGAAAUUGGGCCGGGUAGGAAGCUUGGCCCUUAAUUUUGAGAAUUUUCCGGUGAUCAUUAUCGCUUUGGACACCUACGCGCUGUCGGCGAGUGUGGUGGUGCGUAGCCAAGAAGAACAUCUGGGGGCCUUGUCGCCAGUUGAAGACGACGAAGGUCACCGGGUGACCAACAGUCGUAUCAACAUCAGAUACGAUGAGCGGCAUCGGCCUGCACCAAUGGCAGAAUUGCAUAGGUCAUUGGCCCACGACAUUGGUCACAUCGUUUGGACCCAUUGCCCGAUGAUAUGGAAGUCUUGGAAGGUCAUUGCAGACAAACUACAAUUUAGAGGACCUUAA